AUGAAAAGCCCUGAAGUAAUCCGACCUUUCCCCGCCUCCCGACCUUACCCCGCCGCCCGACCUUACCCCGCCUCCCGACCUUACCCCGCCUCCCGACCUUACCCCGCCUCCCGACCUUAUCUCACCGCCCAACCUUACUCUACCUCCCGACCUUAUCUCACCGCCCAACCUUACCCCGCCUCCCGACCUUAUCUCACCGCCCAACCUUACCCCGCCUCCCGACCUUACCCCGCCUCCCGACCUUAUCUCACCGCCCAGCCUUACUCUACCUCCCGACCUUAUCUCACCGCCCAACCUUACCCUACCUCCCGACCUUAUCUCACCGCCCAACCUUACCCGACCUCCCGACCUUAUCUCACCGCCCAACCUUACCCCGCCUCCCGACCUUACCCCGCCUCCCGACCUUACCCUACCUCCCAACCUUACCCGACCUCCCGACCUUAUCUCACCGCCCAACCUUACUUUACCUCCCGACCUUAUCUCACCGCCCAACCUUACCCUACUUCUACCUCCCGAACUUAUCUCACCGCCCAACCUUACCCUACUUCUACCUCCCGAACUUAUCUCACCGCCCAACCUUACCCUACCUCUACCUCCCGAACUUAUCUUACCGCCCAACCUUACCCCGCCUCCCGACCUUAUCUCACCGCCCAACCUUACUCUACCUCCCGACCUUAUCUCACCGCCCAACCUUACCCCGCCUCCCGACCUUAUCUCACCGCCCAACCUUACCUACCUCCCGACCUUAUCUCACCGCCCAACCUUACCCGACCUCCCGACCUUAUCUCACCGCCCAACCUUACCCUGCCUCCCGACCUUACCCCGCCUUCCGACCUUACCCUACCUCCCAACCUUACCCGACCUCCCGACCUUAUCUCACCGCCCAACCUUACUCUACCUCCCGACCUUAUCUCACCGCCCAACCUUACCCUACUUCUACCUCCCGAACUUAUCUCACCGCCCAACCUUACCCUACUUCUACCUCCCGAACUUAUCUCACCGCCCAACCUUACCCUACCUCUACCUCCCGACCUUACCCUACCUCCCAACCUUACCCUACCUCCCGACCUUAUCUCACCGCCCAACCUUACUCUACCUCCCGACCUUAUCUCACCGCCCAACCUUACCCUACCUCCCGACCUUAUCUCACCGCCCAACCUUACCCUACCUCCCGACCUUAUCUCACCGCCCAACCUUACCCCGCCUCCCGACCUUAUCUCACCGCCCAACCUUACUCCGCCUCCCGAUCUUAUCUCACCGGCCAACCUUACCCUACCUCUACCUCCCGACCUUAUCUCACCGCCCAACCUUACCCUACCUCUACCUGCCGACCUUAUCUCACCGCCCAACCUUACCCUACCUGCCGACCUUAUCUCACCGCCCAACCUUACCCCGCCUCCCGAACUUAUCCCACCGCCCAACCUUACUCUACCUCUACCUGCCGACCUUAUCUCACCGCCCAAUCUUACCCUACCUCUACCUCCCGACCUUAUCUCACCGCCCAACCAUACCCUACCUGCCGACCUUAUCUCACCGCUCAACCUUACCCCGCCUCCCGAACUUAUCUCACCGCCCAACCUUACCCUACCUCCCGACCUUAUAUCAUCGCCCUACCUCACCCUACCUCCCGACCUUAUAUCAUCGCCCUACCUGCCGACCUUAUCUCACCACCCAAACUUACCCUACCUCACCCUACUUCCCGUCCUUAUAAAGCCCCUUGCGGAAUUGGGGCCGCAGCGACUUUCGAAGCAGUUUAAUGUUCCCCUCCAAUUUCCCGACAACCAUGUUGUUUCCAAUGGACUUUGA